CUUGUCCUCACUGAAUUGAAACGCCAUCUCUCUUCUUCUCUCUAAGCUUAUGAACAGGAUCUAUUGAGGAACAGCUUCGGCAACAUGGGAGACUCUUCAAGGAAGGAAACCAGUAACACAAUUAGAGUGCUUGUUGCAACUGAUUGCCAUCUGGGUUAUAUGGAGAAGGAUGAAGUACGACGACAUGAUUCGUUUCAGGCAUUUGAGGAGAUAUGCUCAAUAGCUGAGCAAAAACAGGUGGAUUUUCUACUUCUUGGAGGUGAUCUUUUCCAUGAGAAUAAGCCUUCAAGAACAACUCUAGUUAAGACCAUUGAGAUCCUCCGCCGCUAUUGUCUCAAUGAUCGACCAGUGCAGUUUCAAGUUGUCAGUGACCAGACGAUGAAUUUUGCAAACAUGUUUGGUCAUGUAAAUUAUGAAGAUCCUCACUUCAAUGUUGGCUUGCCAGUGUUCAGUAUUCAUGGAAAUCAUGAUGAUCCUGCAGGAGUGGACAACCUUUCUGCGAUUGAUAUCCUCUCUGCGUGCAAUCUUGUGAAUUAUUUUGGGAAAAUGAUUCUUGGAGGAUCUGGUGUUGGUCACAUCGCCCUCCAUCCUAUUCUUGUCAGGAAGGGUUCAACAUCUGUAGCUCUGUAUGGCCUAGGUAACAUCAGAGAUGAAAGGCUCAAUAGAAUGUUUCAGACACCACAUGCCGUACAAUGGAUGCGACCUGAAUCGAAAGAAGGGUGUCCAGUGUCAGAUUGGUUCAACAUUCUGGUACUCCAUCAAAACAGGGUAAAGUCAAACCCUAAAAAUGCAAUAAAUGAGCACUUCUUGCCACGUUUCCUGGACUUCAUAGUAUGGGGGCAUGAACAUGAGUGCCUGGUUGACCCUCAGGAAGUUCCAGGGAUGGGCUUCCAUAUAACUCAACCGGGAUCGUCUGUUGCAACUUCUCUAAUUGAGGGGGAAGCAAAGCCUAAGCAUGUCCUUCUCUUAGAAAUUAAGGGUAAUCAAUAUCGUCCGUCUAAGAUUCCAUUAAAGUCAGUGAGGCCUUUCGAAUAUGCUGAGGUUGUACUAAAGGAUGAGAAGGAAAUUGAUCCCAAUGAUCAAACAUCCAUUCUUGAACAUUUGGACAAAGUGGUUGGAAAUUUGAUUGAAAAUUCUAGCAGAAAGGCUGUCAGUGGAUCAGAGAUCAAGCUUCCAUUAGUCCGAAUAAAGGUAGAUUACUCUGGGUUUAUGACAAUAAAUCCUCAAAGGUUUGGACAAAAGUAUGUGGGGAAGGUUGCAAAUCCACAGGACAUUCUUAUUUUUUCGAAGGCUAGCAAAAGGCAUCAAUCUCAUGGAGAGAAGAUUGAGGAUUCUGAGCGACUUCGCCCAGAAGAACUGAAUCAACAAAAUAUAGAGGCGCUGGUUGCUGAAAGUAAUUUGAAAAUGGAGAUACUCCCAGUUAACGACUUGGAUGUUGCUUUACAUGAUUUUGUUAACAAGGAUGACAAGAUGGCUUUCUACUCUUGCUUGCAAUAUAAUCUUGAAGAAACACGUAACAAAAUUUGUCAAGAAUCAGAUAACCUUAAAUUUGAAGAGGAAGAUUUGGUCGUUAAAGUUGAGAAGUGCAUGCAGGACCGUGUAAAGGAAAGGUCUACAUGCUCUAAAGCAGAUCCACAGUUUACAUCCAUUUCACAGUCCGUACAGGAUUCCAGAGAUAGAAGUAAAACCAGAGUUGGAAGUCAAGUUUCAUUUAGUGAUGAUGAAGACACCACCCAAAUGCCCUCAAGCUCAAAGCCUACUGCCAGAGGCAGAAAACAAUCUCAAGCUUCCAGGUCCUCUCAAGAUGCUUCAGCACUUGGUAAAAGCAGAACUUCUACAAGAGGCAGGGGUAGGGGCAGGGGCACUAGUAACUUAAAGCAAACCACUCUCGAUGCUAUGAGAAUCCGCCAUUCUGAGAGAUCUGCAUCAAUUUCCACUUCUGCUGCAGUCCGCAGUAUGGUGGAGGAAGAAGAGGAUGUGGAUUCUGCUUCAAAUGAUGAACUGGAGGGACAUGGAAUAGAUGAUGCUGAGGGCAGUUCAGAGAAUGAAGAAAAUCUCCUUGGCAGAGGACGGAAAAGAGCUGCCCCAAGGGGCAGGGGCAGGGGCCGCAUGUCAUCCUCCAAGCGAGGAAGGAAAUCAGAUAAUUCUUCCAAUCAGAAGUUUCUCAUGAAUCAGGAUGAUGAUGAUGAUGAUGGUGAUGAGAAUGACAGGGCAAGCAGGAUUAAGAAGGAUCAACCUCGGGUGACACGAAAUUAUGGUGCUUUGAGGAGGUGAUCACCACUGAGUUUUGUUUAGUUUGUUCUUGAGUGGUUUACUGUCGCGAUUUAUGUGUGAUUACUUUCCAAGGAGCCAGUCAUUGGAUUGUGAGGCAUGC